UUAGUUCUUGAGGGGUGGACUGGGUGGACAUCGACGCGUUACGUUGGCUGUGAGGUGUGUGUUAUUUACAAAGAAUGUUACGUUACGAUAAUCAAAGUAAUUCUGCACAAAAUCCUUUUUCCGGGUCGUCCGACGACGAUACUGGUUAUGUUAGUAAAAAGGGUUCGAGCAGUCCAACAAGCGAAUUCGACGAUUCAAUUCAAGCGAUGUGCGAUAUUUACGGACAGACACCACCGAGAACUCGUCUGAAUCGCAAGAAACGUUACAUGAAGCAGAAGUUCGGGGGGGAAACGAGAUCUUUAGAAAAAGAAGCUCCAUCGAAAGCAACGAUUCGCAGACGAAAUACUCUAGAUUCUAUCAUUUUUAACGAAAUGUGCGAUAAAGCAGACAAAGAUUGCGCAAACGACGUGAAUGAUGAAAUAGUGAAGGAUCGAAAAUCUAAACGGAGCCUGAAAGUGUUGCGAGGAAGCGAGAGGGACUUAAAACUUGAUAUGGAUGCGGCUUAUAGUUAUGCUGAAAAAUUUGAUCAUUGCCAAGCGACGACUCCUAAUCAUAUGAAGAUUGAAACUCGAAAUAGGUUUCGCAGUCUUCGAUCGAAGCCUGUUGAUAUAGAAGAGAAAAAGGCUGAUUUUAAUAUUUAUGACCUAGGUUUAAUUUUGGACGAUAAGGAACCAAACACGCAAUCACCGAAAACGCAAAGUCUUACAGAACGAAAAAUAUUUCAUGAUACAUUUUCCUUUUUAAUUACAUUGGGAAGUACUGAACGUAAUUGUCGACGUCAAAUGAGUCAUGAAGAAACCCGUUGGCAAAACGAAUUGAAAGAUUUGAUCUGGCUAGAGUUACAAGCUCAUCAUGCUGAUCGCAGUCCAAUGGCUCAAGAUGAAUACCUUUGUAAACAACGUGAGGCUGUGGAAGGUUUACUUAAAGAAAUAUUGUUUUACAGAUAUGAUCCUAUUGCAAGUGUCAAAAGUACUAACACGCCUUGGAUCAACGUAACAACGUGCAUCGACCAGAUGACAAAUCUUGGAUUAAGUCCAAACAUAGAAUUAGGUAUUUGCCCAGGAUGCCUCUCGAUGUAUUGCAGAGCAUGCGCUCGAGCGCAAGGAGAAGCGUUGCAGCAAAUAGAAGGCUUAUUAGCCAGAUUAGAGGCAGCAGAAGCACUUUAUCCUUCAUCGCAAGCUUUCGCUGCCUAUUAUCCUUUGUAUAAAAGUACUGAAUUUACUGAUAGAGUAAAAGCAAUGUGUCUUUGGUAUAAUAUGACUAAACACCAUCGCCUCAAGUUACAAAUACUGGGAAAAUUACUUAUGAUGCUCCAUACAAGGAAAAAGAUUGAUGAUACCGGAGAUUCUGGUAUAAGUUCACGUUCUUCGGAUAUGACCGACUCUUCGGAGCAUAGACAAACAUUAGUACGGUUUGAAAUAGCUAAUCAAGAAGACAAUUCCAGUCCGACCGAUAGUAAUAACAGCAACAAUUCCUCUAUUGGUCUAUCCUUUGCACAGUCCUGGCCCUCUACACCCGAAACUUCAUUCACAUGCGUGGAUGACGAUAAAACAGAUCGACUAGACUUUUACCUAGUCGAGUUUGAUCGACAUGCUUACAGAAAGUACAUCGAAGAUGUACUAAAAACUAGGGGUUUGAGAAAGAGUCUAAAUUUUCUUGAGAGACUACAUACUUGCGUUUUAAGGAAAGCAAGACUGACAUUAGAGAAAGGUGAUGUGAAUGAAUCUACUAAUGAGGAAUAUGAAGGUGACGAGGAGUUGCGCCGCUAUGGUGCAUGGAGUCCCGAAGCAAGAGUUUUGAAUCUUCCAUCCUACCGGGCUGCGUUUGUCUUUUUAUCUCGAGUUCCUUUGGAUGUUGUUCACGAAUUUCUGAGAAUGAGAUUAGAACAAAAACCAGUACAACCUAGUCCAUUAUCUGUUCGACAACUGAUGCGCGAACUUAGGGAAGGUCUUAAAAUUGCGUGUAUCCAUCGCGACAGAUUUGCUGCACAUACCUGUGCAGCAAUCGCAAGUGAAAAUUGCGAGAAUUUAUUUUUACAGUGCGUGAAGGAUUUCGAUGAAAGUUUAAAAGCUGUUUUUGAAGUUUAUCUUGAUUAUCUACAGCAGUGGGUAGAAAUGGUACAGCAUGAUAGUUUUCAUAAAAAUUUGAUUAUGGACGAGUGGAUAUUCGUAAAAUCGAUAGCUGGGGAUGUGCUAAAUGGAUACGAAAUCGCUGGAGCUAAAUUUUGUGCGAUUGCGAAAACCAUGAUUCAGCAAGUUAAUGAGUUUCUCAAUGAAAGACCUCGAGAAAUUCAGGAAACCAUGGAAGAUUGGACUGAUGAUCAGUACUCCGAUAGAUUUCAGCUUAUGUCUGUUGGUCGUGAGUGGCAAAGCAUGUUUGUAGAAGCACGUGAAAAAGUUGUUAAAAGUAUUACGCUUGCAAGGUGCUUAAAAUGUGAUAUUGAAAAGUGGUCUAUUUUUAGUACGAAAGUGGACGAGUCAUUGACAAUUUUGAAGGAAACAGUUAUGGAUCUUAGACACGACAUUACAAAUAUAAUUCUCAAUUUUCAACGUGAUCUUAAAAAAGCAAAGGAGCCGUGUACGGAAUGUGAGCGGUCUGCAAUGCAUUCGAGAGUAAGAGAAAUACUUCAUCAAGCUUAUCGGAUGGGUUUUGAUUAUUAUAAAGAAACGUGUAAAUUAUUCGCGCUUGAAGAAAAAGCGAUUCUGGCCCGAAGUUUAGUUUCUUUUGCGUUUUUGUGGAUGGAAUUUGUCAGGACACGGUGUGAACGUGGAAGAGGUUUAAGACCUAGGUGGGCAAAUCAAGGUUUAGAAUUUCUAAUCACAGUGUGCGAACCUCAUAAUACCAAACAUUUAACUGACCAAGAGUUCGAGGAGUUGAAAACUAGCAUGGAUCGUUGCAUUUCACAUGUUGUUGGAAGCGCGAAUACCGUUACAAACAUCGAAACAGAAAACAUAAAAAAAUUAUCUCAUUCAAGAGCAUCUUCACCUUGUCACACUAGAAGUAGAGCAGCAAGUAUAAGCUUGUCCCAAAAACCUAAAGAUGCUCUUAGAUCACCUGAAAUAUCAUCCAAUUCCAAAAAAGCUUUGUCGCCAACCGUGGUAAAUGGAAUUGUGAACACCGUAAUAAAUACAUCUGAGCCCGUUGUUCCGCGACAAGAAAGAAUUAAUCAAGCCAUAAUAAAGUUAGAAGUCGAAAUUGAUGAGAAAUUGAAGGGUCGCGAGCUCAUUGGACAAGUUACAGACCGAAAAGCUGUUGACAGAGUUCGCAUUAAAGCGAGAAGAGUUACUUUUACUUGGCAAAGGGGUAUUAAAAUAGGACAAGGAAGAUUCGGUAAAGUCUACACCAUAGUCAACAAUCAAACUGGUGAGUUGUUAGCUAUGAAAGAGGUUCAAUUGCAACCUGGGGAUCAUAGGGCGAUUAGACGUGUCGCCGAGGAGUUGCAAAUAUUUGAAGGAAUUCAAGAUAAACAUUUAGUACGAUACUACGGAUUAGAAAUUCAUCGUGAGGAAAUGUUAAUUUUUAUGGAAUUUUGUGCUGAGGGAACUUUAGAAAGUUUAGUAGCCGGCAGUGGUAAUGGUCUACCAGAAUCAUUAGUGAGAAAAUAUACCUAUCAGCUACUUUCCGCAGUAACAGUACUUCAUUCGCACGGAAUAGUACAUCGUGACAUUAAAACGGCGAAUAUCUUUUUGACGGAUGAAGGCAAUUGCUUAAAACUUGGUGAUUUCGGAAGCGCUGUACAAAUAAAGGCGCAUACCACUAUGCCGGGAGAAUUACAAGGUUUUGUUGGCACCCAAGCUUAUAUGGCGCCAGAAGUAUUUAUGAAGUCAGAAAGUAGCGGCCACGGUAGAGCCGCUGAUAUUUGGUCGGUUGGUUGCUGCGUUAUCGAGAUGGCAAGUGGUCGAAGACCUUGGUCAGAUUAUGAUUCUAAUUAUCAAAUCAUGUUUAAGGUAGGCAUGGGCGAGACACCAAUGUUACCAAAGAAUCUUUCCACCGAAGGCAUCGAGUUAGUUAUGAAAUGUUUACAACAUGAUCCGAAAAAGAGAUGGACGGCAAGUGGUUUACUCACACUUCCGUUUGCACAGACGGAUGAAGAUUUUAAUACUGACUUAUCAGCCUCACGUUAUCAAGCGUAAUAUUGUAAAUGUUUAUUUGUAGAUUAUAUCAGUUUAGAAAUAUCAAAAAUCUCGUUAGAUUAACUGUGGUGUUAAUUCGGAUAUAUUUACAUUACACCAAUUUUAUUCGGCCGUUCUAUAUGAAUAUUUUUACAUUUUUAUUGUAUAAAUAAUUUGCUAGUUCCUAGGAAAAUGUAGAUAUACAAAGAAUAAUGUAGGAACUAGGAAGAUAAUUUGUCAAAUCCGUUUACGAAAAAUGGUACUAAUAGAGAUGCCACAAGGAAAGUUAUUGUUAACUUAUAAACCUAUUUUUAAUACUGUUGUAAAGAAUAGCAUAGAAGCAGCAAUUUAAAUAAGUCAAUUUUUAACAUUCCCACCUUUGAAAAAGGUACUUGCAUAAUAUAUUCGUGUAUUUUAAAUUAUUUCUUGCAAUUUGUUCUUUUUUUUUAAACAACAAGUCAAAUGCUGUACUGUGAUUGCCAUAAACGUUGUAUUGUACAAAAAUUGGAAAUAAAGAUGAGAGGUAGUGUUACAA